CUAUCACCUUUGUGUCACUUAUAGCCACUUUUGGCGAAAUACCACUAAUAGCCACUUUUGAAAGAUGUUACGUGCCAGAUAUAGCCAUUUUCGUUAGAAACUAUAACGGUGUUAAUAACACCGUCAACUUAUUUGACGGUCGGCUGACGAGGCGCCAAUUCAACGGACACGUUGGCGAUCAGAGUUGGAGAGGAAGAAAAACGAAAGGGAGGAAAGUUGCGCGGGAUGGAGGCAGAUGGAUUUGUCUUCGAUUAGGGUUUUAGUCAAAGGUGGGUAGAUUGAUAGGUGGGUCGGGUCAGUUCUUUAUUUAGGGGUCGGGUCUGGUCUGGUUUGGUUAGGUUUGGCUGACAUGGAGGGUUUAAAUGACGUGGCGGGUCGGGUCAGUCAAUUUUCGGGUUAAAAGGUGAUGAUUAGGCAAAUCCGUCAGCCACGUCAUCACUUAACGGACGCCGUUAACGGCGUUGGACGGCAGCUAACGGAGAGUGACCAUAAAUGAACGAUUUUUGUAAAGUUAGUGACCAAAAAUGAAUUUAAAUAUUUCGAGUGACCAAACAUGAACGCUUUUUGUAAUGUCAGUGACCAACCAUGCAAUUAACCCAAUAAAGAAAGUUAGAUGGUAUUUUUUGUAAGAGAGGAUAAAUAUAAGACGACAAAAGAAAGUAGCAUGAGAAAAGAGUACUACUACAUACUAACAUAUAGCUGUACAUCGAUUUCAUUUUAUGCAACCAAGCGUUUGUAUCAUACUAAAUGCUCAAAUAUAAGUAUGAUAUAUAGAUAUUAUUCUGUGGAAAUAUUUGUGUAGCCUUUAAAAGAAUUUGAUCCAUUUAGGGUUGGUGUUUAUGAUAAAUUAAGUGUCACGUUCGUACUCAAUUAGAUUUUGAGAGCACAGAUUGUGGAACAAUCGUCUUUCACUACUGUUCGAGAUCCAUGAAAAUGGACAAACAAAGAUAAGGUUAUAGACAGAUGAAAGUUGACCAAGCUCUUGUUUGCAAACCUUUUACAUUCUUCUUGAGGGGGUUCGGAGGUUCGAGUGAUUCACAUUUUUAGAUAGAUUAAAUUUUAUCCGGCCAAUUGGUUUAGCCAGUAAAAGCCUUUUGUUAGAUGCAUGAACUCAUAUUAUAUUUUUAUAAUGAUUAAAAUAUUAUUAGCAGAAAAUAAAGUAAGAGCAAAUAACAAUCAUAUAACAAUGAUGAUUGGUGAAGCAAGAAUACAACGAUUGUGAAACACAGCAAAACUGGGAGAAAACAUGUACAACGAAUACAAGAAGGCAAAGUGGUUCAUAAAACAUGAACCGCUAACUCUCAAAAUGGAAAUAAGUAACAAAUGCUCGACUAAGGUGGGUUUCAGUUUAUUGCUUGGAUGGUUGUUUUUUUUGUUUACCUCCGGUUAUGAUGCUCACAAUCCUUUUUGUGGGAAAGUGCUCAUUGUGUUAGAAGCCGUCAGAUCAAGUGAUGGGCACCAGUUAGAUGGACGUCGGGGUCAAUUAUUCAGCACGGAACCGGCAACAAGCGUUGGUCAAUGCAGUGGCAAAUGCAAAAACCCAAGGAAAGAAAUUCAAUGCCGCUAUCUCGAUGUCGUCAAUGGAAAUUAAAUAGCAGCAGGCCUGCAAGUGCCAAUGCAGGGCAUCUUCUCCAUUAAACUACAGAGUACACAUGGCCUGCCUGCCUGCUUGCUGCUUGCUUGGCAAUCGAAACAAGCCAACCCAGGUAAUCCCAUCUUUCUCUUAUCAAUAAUUUACCCACCGUCAUCACAAUAAUGCAGUCCAGAUCAGGCACCAGAAAAACGCGCAGAGACCCUUAAGAAACAAACCAGACAUCGGAUCCAAUUGCUUAAACUCCUGUCGAAAAUGUCUAGCUAGUGGUAUUGCUUUUGGCACAAGAGUACAUGGAGUACAAGAUCAAGUGGCUUCUCGGUUAUGGGUGAUCGGAUCGGACCAAACCAUGACAACUGAGGUCCAACAUAGAAAAUUUAAGGACCAUAACCUAGCUAUGAGAAAAUUCGGUUCAGUUAUGUCCAUUUCGAAAUAUCAAUUCAAUUUGUUAUUUUUUAAAAGUUCAUGGAGCGAUGUCCGAAUUGCAUUAUAUUUGUCGGGUUGAUUUCAUUUCGUUUGAUCCAAUCAUUACAUACUCCUAGACUAUAUAUAAUUUUGUGUCUUUAUUUAUUUUCGGUUGGUUGUUGCUUAUCCCUUUAAUUAAAGGUUAAAAGAAAGAUUCUAUGUAUACAAUCUAACUCUCUCUAAUUACAAUAUAAUGUGUUUUUUGCUCCUAAAAGUAAUGAAAUCCAUUCUAUUUUGUUUCAUCAACGUAGCUAGUGCAUAUCGUACUAGUAAAUCACCUCAUAAUUUUGUAUGUUUGAUCCCUCAUAACAGAUCCAAUGGAUUGUGGCGAAUAGAGUUGGGCAAGAGAGCAGGGGAUGUAAUAAGGCAAUGUAUGGUGGAUGGAUCGAAGGAAUCUUUGCCGCCUAGAUGAAAGGAAUGGUGUCAGAAGAACAGAGACCAUGUCAACUUAGAACUUAGAAGUGGCAGGCCAAGGCUUUGUUAGAGAUAUUAUUAAUGAUGGAAAAAUGUCUUCAUCGAUCCCUCACUAGCAAGUUGUUGAAGAUAGAUACCAUUCAAAGUGUCGACAUCACCAUCAAUAUCCAAUGUUUUGACAUGGUUGGAUCGGAGGACUAGUUACAACUUACAAGACGGCCUAGGAAACAUAUACACAUUCCAUCUUAGAUGAGUUUAAAUGUCAAUAAACAAAGUUACAUGGUAUCUUUUGUAAGAAAGGGUCAUAUAAGAUUGAUAUGCUGAAUUUGUUGGCAUGCUCAAGGUUGUCAAGUUUGCAUGGGAUAUCAGUUACAAAAAAGUCAAAUUUCAGCUCGACUCAAAAGCGACGGUGGCCCUACGUACCUCAAGCUUGGAGAUCGAUCAUCAACAUGUAAAUAUCACUCAAUCAUUUGUGUUAUUCUUGAGAGAAUUUGGGAGGUUUAAGUGGUUUGUAUUUUCAGAGAGUCAAGUUUUUCUUGCCGAUUGUGCCAUUCAAUAGACAUAGGAACUAUAUUCGUCUCGAAGAUCUGGAUGUCCUAUCAAACCUGUUCUAUUCGUGAUAAUUAUAAGAUAGUGUUGUUUUGCUCUUUUUUAAUGUAUAAUAUCAACUUUCAAGAAUGUGUUAGGCAUAAGGCGAGCGUUGAUGCUCUGCCUAGCCUGUUUAGGCGUUGCCUAGGCAUGUCUAAGCACUAGAUGUAAGUGUAGCAAAAUAUCUCACACUUGUCUAGAAUCACAAUUUUAUGAACCAAUAUCAUCGUUCAUUGCAUCUAUCUCUCUUUUUUAAACCUUCAUCAACAACACAUGAUAAAGUAUAUAACACAGUGUGGAGAAAUGAGAAAGGAAGAAGAAGUUAGAAAUAGCAAAGCAGAUUGAGAGAGAAGAAACGCAAAAAUAAAGAAGGUACUCUAAAAAUGAUUGUCUCUAACUUUAGCGUAACGGCUAGGAAUAAUCAUGAGGGGAAGAAGGAAAAGGAAGGACGGUCUUAAUUUCUCUAUAACAUAGUGGUACAUUUUGAAGCGCAAUUCCAUGGUAACUAGGCGUCACAAGGGUCACAAUGUGAUCGUGAUACCUUGUCCACUGUUUUUGACCGAAAUGAGGCAACUGCACCGCCAAGACCACCACGUGAUCGUGUCUAAGCACGCUUUUUAGAACCUUGUAUAAUAUACAAAAUGAUAUUAAGAGUCUAGUAGUCUAGUUCAUUUUGGUUAGACACUAGUAUAUUGGAUUUUUGCAGGCAUUUCCAAACUGGACAAGUGGUAGAAGGAGAACAUCCAAGUGAGGUGUAAUCACAUAUUUUAGAGCUUAGCAUCUUUUCCCAUUCUUCAUUUCCUUAUCUCAUUUAUUCAGUGCACGCAAAUCAUUCACCAAGUCAAUACAAAAACUCCCCAUAAAGAUCUCUCUCGGUAUCGUGAAUGGGAACUAAACCCAUCCAGCCUGCCGCAUCUUCUGAUCAGGGAGCUGCAGAGAACAAAACAGAGGAGAAGGGAGACCUGCCUAGAAGCAAAAACAGAGUGGUAACCAUGGCCAAGUACACUUCUUCUUUGCUUCUUCUCGGUUUGAGUUUGAGUGCGCUUCUGGUAGUGGCUUUUGGUGCUGGUGACGGGGAAACUAAGAUUGGGACUUAUGAGCUCAAGAAAGGGAAGAUGUCCCUCAAGGUCACCAACUAUGGCGCCCAUAUGAUGUCCUUCAUUGUCCCUGACAAAUACGGGAAGCUGAAUGAUGUGAUUCUUGGAUAUGACACUGCUGAGGCUUACAAGAAUGACACCAAUAGCUUCGGAGCCACGGUGGGCAGAGUCGCCAACAGAAUCGCCGGCGCCCAGUUCACUCUCAACGGCACCCUCUACAAAUUGAUCCCCAACGACGGCAAGAACACCCUUCACGGCGGCCCAUUGGGCUUCUCCAAGGUCGUCUGGAAAGUCACCGACUACAAGCCCAACGACGUCGAGCCUUACAUCGUCUUCCAAUACCUCAGCCCCAAUGGCGAACAAGGGUUCCCUGGCGACGUGGUGGCGGUGGUGAAAUACACUCUCCUAGCCUACAACCAGCUGAGCAUCAAGAUGAAAGCCAGAGCACUCAACAAGGCGACACCGGUCAACCUGGCGAACCACGCCUACUGGAACCUCGGCGGCCACGACAGCGGCGACAUCCUCUCCAACGAGCUCGAGAUCUACGCUUCCCGCUACACCCCGACCGACGGCGAGCUCAUCCCCACGGGGAAAGUCGUCUCCGUCGUGGGGACUCCCUACGACUUCCUGAAAUCAAACUCAGUGGGGAGCAGAAUCGGUCAGCUGCAAAAGGGUUACGACAUCAAUUAUGUGCUGGACGACAAGGAGAUAAUCCGGCGGGGGAACAAGAGAGGGAUGAGGAAGGCGGCGGUGGUUCAUGACCGGAAGUCAGGGAGGGUGAUGGAGCUGUUCACGAACCAGCCGGCGGUGCAGCUGUACACUAGCGGGUCGCUUGGGGAGACGAAAGGGAAAGGUGGGGUGGUGUACAGGAAGAGUGGGGCUCUGUGUUUGGAGACUCAGGGGUAUCCUGAUGCUGUGAAUCAUCCCAAUUUUCCUUCCACCAUUCUUACUCCUUCCAAGCCUUAUGAGCACCAGAUGCUGCUUAGGUUCUUCACUUCGUAGAUUGGUGUAGUUGGAUCAAUGGAAUUCUGUGGACCGUUGUUGUCCUAUUUGUCUAAGAGGUCGGAUGAAGAGAUCGACUGUAGAAUUGUGUCCGAAUUUCGUUGAGAUAAGCAAGUGAGCAUAAUCAACCUUUUGAAUGAACAGAUUUUAGUGUUUCAAAUCGGUAAAAAUAGUCAAUUCAAUUUCUGCCAUCACAAUUUCGUUCAACUCAAUACUCUUCCAAAGAAAUGAGGUUGUUCUACUAUUUCACCAUUUGACCAACUAAUAAAGUUUCUUCUCUAUUCUUCUAUCAAACACAUUUUUUUAAUGACAUCGACUCAAUAAAACUCCAUCCAUUUCGAUGGAGAUGGUCAUCUAUUAGUCGGUUCGGUUAUAUUCAUAAUUAUUUAUUUGAUUAUUGGUUAAUUAUUAAUAUAAUGUUUAUAUUAGU